GAAGCCCCAGCCUUGGCUCCAGAUCCACCAGCAGCAUGAAUCAGGAGAAAUUAGCCAAGCUUCAGGCUCAGGUCUGGAUAGGAGGCAAGGGCACAGCGCGCAGAAAGAAGAAGAUGGUGCAUAGAACGGCCACAGCAGACGACAAGAAACUUCAGAGUUCCCUCAAAAAAUUGGCUGUGAAUAAUAUUGCUGGUAUUCAUUUCAACAACCCCAAAGUCCAGGCUUCCCUCUCUGCCAACACCUUUGCAAUCACUGGCCGUGCAGAAGCCAAGCCAAUCACAGAAAUGCUUCCUGGAAUAUUAAGCCAGCUCGGAGCUGACAGCUUAACGAGUCUUAGGAAGUUAGCCGAACAGUUCCCAAGGCAAGUGUUGGAUAGCAAAGCACCCAAGCCUGAAGACAUUGAUGAAGAAGAUGACGAUGUGCCAGAUCUUGUAGAAAAUUUUGACGAAGCAUCAAAGAAUGAAGCAAACUAGAGUGUGGUGCUUCUUGGCGGCCGGCAUGGACUAGAUUGGAGAAAGGAGCGGGUGGCUUCAGAGCUG